AAAAAAAAACAAAUCUGAGAAGCACUGACCCAUUAAUUAUUAGCAUCAACACUCCUGAUCUGAGAUGCAAUUAUAACGGGAAGAAGAGAGAAAAUGAGGUGGUGCAAUGUGGCUGGAUUGAUACGCCUGAUUUCAUUCUUGAGCUUCGUACCAUUUUUAUCAUCACUUUCGAUUUCAGUAGAAAACAUCGAAUGCGUGUACGAGUACGCUCUCUAUGAAGGUGAUAACAUCACCGGUAACUUUGUCGUCCUCGAUCACGACAUUUUCUGGAGCUCAGAUCACCCCGGCAUAGACUUCAUUGUGACUUCUCCUGGCGGUAAUACUAUUCACGCUAUAAAUGGCACAUCUGGAGACAAAUUUCACUUCAAAGCACCCCGAAGUGGACUUUACAAAUUUUGUUUUCACAAUCCUUACUCAACGCCGGAGACCAUUUCCUUCUACAUACAUGUUGGCCAUAUCCCCAAUGAUCAGGACCUUGCUAAAGAUGAGCAUGUGGAUCCAAUAAAUGUUAAAAUCGCUCAGUUAAGGGAAGCAUUAGAAGCAGUCGUAGUGGAGCAGAAGUACUUGAGAGCAAGGGAUAUUCGUCAGCGCAAUAUUAAUGAGAGCACAAGGAGCAGAGUAAUAUUUUACACAAUUACAGAGUACAUUUUGCUGGCGCUUGCAAGUGCACUUCAAGUCGUGUAUAUCCGUCGUCUGUUCAGCACGUCAGUAGCAUACAAUCGGGUUUAAUGAGGCACAAUUCUAGGUUCUUACCACAGGAAAUGUACUGACUGAUAUAGCAAGUGCCUUGAUGAAGUUAGCAGCAGAAUCCUUUCUUAUUGCAUGGUUCCAUAAUUUUUUUGUUGAUCUUUUUCAUCUGUAGCAGACUUCAUUAAGCUACUGUCUCAUAUACAGAAAUGAAAAGAGUUGCUACCAAAAUUUUGAG